UUUGAAAUGAUGGCGACCGAGAAAGAGACGACCAGUCUCCGCAGGUUUGUGUGCGGUCAACUCCGAGAUGAGCCAGACCUCAGCACACUGACCUUGCGGAUUUUGAAAAAGCGAUAUCUGGCCCAUGUACGAUGUGAAUCAUUAAGUCCAGGCCAGAGACAUUUCAUUAAACAGGUGGUUCAAGAGGAGCUGAUGAAAAUGCAGGAUAAUGACAACAUUAAAAGUGAGUUGGAGACCAAAAAGCUCCAAAACAAAAGGAAGAGAGUAAAAGAAAAUGAUGAGGCCAUAAGUGGGGCAGAAGAUGAAGUUAAAUCCACGGCAAAGAAAUCUCGUCAGUCAAGAUCAUCGUCAGAAUCUGAAGAUAAAGAGGACUGCAAAACAGGAAGUGGGGAAGGUAAGGAGGAAGAGCAAAUUACGUCUGACUCCGAGGAUGAAGAGCAAGCAGUGCAAAAGUCAAAUGGAAACGGUAAACCGCAGAUAAACAGUGACGACUCUAAAGACGAGGAAAAGUCUGAAAAAGAAGAGAAUGAGCGUGACUGUGAUGACAGUCCAAAAGAAAUGGUGAAGAAGAGAGAAAGUACUUCAAAGAACGGAAAGACAGGAAGUGGUAAUGCAAGUGAAGGAAAGAAAACACCACAGAGUGAUAAAGAAAAUGAAACUGACACAGACAAAAUCAAUGCUACUGACUCCUCAGACAACAGACAAGAAAAAAACGUCUUGGGAGAAAAGAAAGAUAACGAUCCUGACUCUGACUCAUCAUCACUUCCCUCUGUGGAGGGUGAACAUCAUAGUGAGAAGGAAAAUACACAAGAUAAAAAGAAGAAGAAAACCGUGAAAAAAAAGGAGCGUGGCAAAAGUCAAAAGGAUGACAACAGAGCAGUUUUGAGGCUCAAACGCUACAUCGCUCUCUGUGGUGUGAAGAAGAACUACAAGAAGCUCCUCGAUGGCUGUCGCUCUGUGCGCUCCAAGGUGGCUGUUCUGAAGAAGGAGCUGGAAGAUAUUGGUGUCCACGGCAAUCCAUCUAUUGAGAAAUGCAAAAAAGUCAGAAUGAAGAGAGAGGAAGAUGAGGAACUAGUUGAUAUUGAUGUCAGCAACAUUAUUGCCACACAAGGUCGACCUAAGCGCAGAGCCUCAGCCUGGCAGGAACAACACGACGCUCCGUCCUCUCCAUAUGUGCGCACUCUGAACUCUGGCUCUGAUAGUGAUCAGGAACAUGAUACACAGAGAGGGCGCAGAAGAACAACAGACUGGGCCAACCUGCAGGGGAUCAUCAGUGAUGAUGCAGACAGCGACUGACCGGGAAAUACAUUACUUUGAUUGUGAGGAUUAUAAUACAAAAUAUUUCUAAAAACCUAUUUUCAGAAAAAUAUCAGUGGAGAGUUGAUCAAUUAUUGUUUCAUGUACAUUUAGUAUGUUGUAUUUCAAAUAAAAGUAUUUUUCCUGGU